AUGGCUUUGACUCUAGUAUCUCAAUCCUCUGGGGUACCACUGUCGCCUGCAAAGCAGCUCAAUGAGGCGGUUGAUGAUUUCCAGAGAAUCCUGACAGAGGACCAAUGGACGGCGCUCAAAAAAAUAAAAUCCAUCCCCGACGCCGAUGCCGUGCUCGUGUUCACCGCGCAGCUUGACUCGAGUCAACACGGGCGCGGGCGCAGCAUCGCUACCCGGCUGCAUUCCGUCCUUCAGUCUGUGCGAGAAUUCUCUGCAGUCAUCGGCACGUUCGUCUCAUCAAACCCAGAGAUAGCUGCUCUGAUCUGGGGAAGC